UCGUCACAGGAAACUCACAUAGAGAACCAGCCGAACAUGGCCGAGAAGAGCAAGGUUCUUCUUCUUUCUUUGUUUCUCUCUCAACAACCGGCUUGCGAUUAAAGAAGAAGGAAACGAAUAUUAUAAUGAUUGACCCUAAACCCUAGAAGCCAGUCCUCCUCUGUUUUUGGCCGCAUUUUCGUUCCCUUGAUGUUCCGUAUUCUUGAAGCAAUACGUUGAUUUCAAUUCUCCCUCCAUCGCUGAGCAGUUUGAAUGUGGUUUUUAUGGUUUUUGUGAGGAAUUGUUCAACGGGAUCCACUGUUGGAAGGCGGCGUUGAUGAAGCUGCUUCGUCGAUGCCAGAGGAUUCUGAUCCUCUCUCUGCUAUCUUUCUCUGUUAUUGCUCCAUUGGUUCUUGUUUCUCACCACCCCAAGAUCAUCACUUCUGAUGGGCGGAGGGAGUUCAUCGAGGAUUUAUGGAGCAGGGCUUAGUUGUUAUUCUUUCACUGCAAAUUUGUUUUCAGUUCCCGAUUGUUCUUUGCAGAAGUGGAGAGAUGUUGAAGCACUUAACUCAAUCGGACAGGAAGCGGGCGAAGGCUUGAAAGAACCCAAAUCUAUUGUUUUGGAAGAUAAAAGUUUUCAUCCUAGAGAAGGAAAUAACUCCCUUGAUUUUGGAAGUAAACCAAACGAAGUAAAUAAUGAUACACGGUUUGAGAAUGAUGGGAAAAAGGAACAUUCUUUUAAUGCAACUGGACGACAGGAUAAUAAUGUGCAUGGUCAGUCAAGGGGAGUGAGAGAUGUGGAAAUAGAGACAAAGUAUCCACUAUCUAAUCGGAGUACUGUCAAGCACGAUAACAGUGCACGCACAGCCAAGUCUAGAUCUAUAGAUUAUAAGGUAAAGGAGAUCAUAGAUCAACUGAUAAGAGCCAAAGCCUACCUAAGUUUUGCCCCACCAGGUAGUAAUUCUCAUCUGAUGAAAGAGUUAAGGCUACGAAUCAAAGACUUGGAACACGUAGUUGAGGAAGUUACUAGGGAUUCUGAAUUGACAAAGAGUGCUUUGCAGAAAAUGAAAAGUAUGGAGUCUUCAUUAGUAAAAGCAGGCAAUGCUUACCCAGACUGCUCGGCAAUGUCUUCAAAGCUUCGGGCUAUGGCUGAAACUGCUGAAGAGCAAGUUCGUAUGCAAAAGAAGCAAGCUACUUAUCUUCUAAAUCUUGCUGCAAGCACCACCCCUAAAGGCUUUCAUUGUCUAUCGAUGCAAUUGACUUCUGAGUACUUUGCUUUGCAACCUUCGGAGAGGCUGCUUCCUGAACAGAAUAAGUUGCACGACACUACAUUGUAUCAUUAUGCUGUCUUCUCCGACAACGUUUUGGCUUGUGCAGUUGUUGUCAAUUCCACUAUUUCAAGUGCUAUGGAACCGGAAAAAAUUGUCUUCCACUUGGUGACCAAUUCAUUGAACUUACCAGCAAUGUCCAUGUGGUUCUCACUAAAUCCUCCCGGAAAAGCCACAAUUGAGGUCCUGAGCAUGGAAAACUUUAAAUGGCUAUCCACGGAGUAUGAUUUAGGAUGGACGAUGCAAAAUACUAGUGACCCAAGGUUUACUUCCGAACUCAACUAUCUGCGGUUCUAUCUGCCAAAUAUCUUCCCUUCCCUGGAUAAGGUCAUACUUCUUGAUCAUGAUGUGGUGGUGCAAAAGGAUUUAUCUGGUUUGUGGCACGUUGAUAUGAAGGGGAAGGUGAAUGUUGCUGUUGAAACUUGUAAAGAAAGUGAAGUUUCUUUUCUACGGAUGGAUACGUUCAUCAACUUCUCAAAUCCUCUGAUUGCCGAUAAGUUUGACUAUAAGGCAUGUACGUGGGCAUUUGGGAUGAACGUAUUUGAUCUCAGACGGUGGAGGGAAGAAAAUUUAACUGCUCUCUACCAUAAAUAUCUACGAUUGAGUAAUGAACGGCCAAUCUUGAAGGGUGGAAGCUUGCCUUUGGGGUGGGUCACAUUCUAUAACCAAACAACAGCGGUGGAGCGACAAUGGCAUGUGCUCGGACUCGGCCAUGACUCUACCGUGCCACAAGACGACAUCGAGAAGGCAGCUGUUAUACACUACGACGGUGUUAGGAAGCCAUGGUUAGACGUUGGAUUUGGAGAAUACAAAGAGUUUUGGAUCAAACACAUAGACUUCAACAACCAAUAUUUGGAACAGUGCAACAUCCACUGGUAAUUAAUGAGCAGCAAACAAAGCUUAGAGGCUUGUUUAUUAGAUGUGAGGUUUAGUUACUUUUUCUUAGAAGGCUUCCUAAUUCUCUCCAUUUUUUCAACUUCCAUACCUAUUCUUCAUGUAAAUUACCACUCAUUCUUUCCCCAGAAAUAUGUAUUUUCUUUAUACCAUAACCUUGUAGGGAAGUUGAAUUAUAGUGAUGAUUGAAAAUAAGAAAUUCCAGCUUUGGUUUGGUUA